AUGGCCAUGGCAGAGCAAAUGCCGAUACCACAUCACCGCAAGCGCAAGAGGCGGCGCCCGGAUAAGCCUUCCAUAUCUGCGAGAUUGGUUCUGGAUGACCAUGUGACAGGGGAUGUGGGCAUAUUCUCUGAGGAUUUAUUUGCAGAUUUAUUUCCUGCAAUAGCCCAAGCCCAGGAAAAUAGGAAUGGUAAUUCCGCUGCCCCUGAGAUCCAACAUGUCGCAAUCUCACCUUGGGGGCCGUCUACCGCGGUCGAAGACUCAACAUGGACCGUUGUCCCCGUUCAGCCCUCAAGCGCCCUUGCACAUUCGACAGUGCAAUUUUCUCCCACCUCACUAGCUCUGCAAAGCUUCGCCGAAGCUCUACGAAGACUAGCACCUUCCAAAAUAUCGAGUCACAGCCGAAGCGGGAUUGAAAUUCGAAUACUGGACGUAGUGCCCUUGCCUUUGGAGACUGUGUUUGUGACAAUUGAAGGGGACUUGGCUAGAAGAUUGGAAAACGGCGAGGGGACAUUCCACGGAGAGCAUGUACGAAUGAAAGGGAUCCCAAAUGGCCGACCUAUACCUGCUCUCCCCGAAGACCGUUUGACAGCCGCAAUUCGAGAAGCCUUGGGUGCAUUGAAAGUUGUCCAUACAAGUGACUUCUUUUCCCUCCCCCUACCACCACAUCCAAUUACACAUGUACCUCCUCCACCCGCAAAAGUCACCCUAUCCGAGCCUGUGGGCCAGGGAAUCUUGUCACCGCAAACAAAUAUUGUUAUCACACAGACUGGCCACCAUGUAAAGGCCAUCCGGAAAUCACAACCAUUGCCUAUCAACCAUGCCUUGAAUGGAGUAGCCGAGGAAGAUGAUGAUACGUCGAAUGAUCAAUUCUUUUCUGCGGCCGAAGAUGCACACAAGACCGACACAGUAGCCGAAGAUGAUGACUCUACCACUGAGACAGAAACAGAGAUUUCAGAUGCAGACGAUGAUAAUUUAUCUGACGAUUCAAUGGAUGACAUGAUUUCACUACAAGCCCCCAUGCUGCCGGCUCACAAUGCAAGUGGCAUAUCUACAAUUCAACCCGGAACGCCGCACACAAUUGGUCGCGGAAGGAGGAAUGACGGUAUUCAGACCCCUGGAUCCGUGUUUUCCACAUUUACGGCUACCACCGCCCGUGCUGGCGGACAGAGAGGACGUCUGUUCAAGGCGCAGGGGUUGGUAAAGGUGUUAUCAGAAGAAAUUCUGCACCCCAAACCGAAUAGCGACGAUGACGAAGAAGCUCGAGUGUUUGUCGAUAUUAACUCGCUCACAAAAAUCGGCUGUUUUUCUGGAGAUUGGGUACGAUUAGAGGCGGCUGCUGAGCCUCCUGCACAAGGGGCAGGGCUCUGGGGCCUUGGAAGUUUUGGAAACUUUGAGCCUGCCGAAGAUCAAGUUUGGCGACCAGUAAAAGUUUUCGGAUUGCCUGAAAGCUAUUCUCAUCGCCCGGUCACGAAAAUUCCAACUAGCAAACAGGGAGAAAGGCGGAUGUCGUUCUUCGAAUCUCAGGUUCACAAGCCUUCAAGUCCGACGGUCUAUCUUUCCCCAAUUUUACUGGCAAAUAUGGAAAAUACUCCAUAUUGCAGACUAUCUCCGCUCAAACGAGCGGUACAACCUAUGAAGGUUUUGCAACCAAAAAUCACCAGCGCAUCCCGACCUCCUUUCGCACGAGAACUUACAUUGUCGAAAAUCUCAACCCCUUUCACUACAGACCGGGUGUUACAAAAUGCUCUAUUCGCAGGAUUAAAAGGUCACUUUUCUAGUCGCACUAGAGUUGUCCGAAAAGGCGAUCUGAUUGCAAUUCCAGUUGAUGAGGAUCUUGGGCGGACUCUCUAUCAGUCUUCAGCCGAUGAUCCUGAGUUGGAUGAGCUCCUGUCGAACACUGCUCUUGAUGGCCUUGGGCCAUCAAGGCCUGCGAAAACCACGGCUGUGGCAUGGUUCAAGAUUGGAUACAUCGGGCUGGCCAAGGACGUUGGUGAAGCAGUUGAGGACGAUGAAGUCUGGGGUGGUGUUGCAACUAUUGAUGCCUCUUCAACUCAAAUGAAGCAAUCCGGCAGCGAGGCCAGUCGAAUACCUGCCACUAUGGGGAGUUCUUGGGAGUAUUAUCUCGGACUGAAGUCUGUUUCGAAAUCAGAAACAGAUUCAACCUCUAUGCCGGAGCCGCGGAGGCAUCACAUCCCGGCUCUGCAGCGUCGAUUGAGAGAGUUGAUCGCAGCAGCCACAAGCCCGAGAGCAAUUCAUCUUCAACUGCAGCCAUUGGCUAUCCUUUUGGUCUCAACCCAACGAAAUAUUGGCAAAGCAACUUUAUCAAAUCGUGCAUGCGCUGACCUUGGCAUCCACACUUUUACAAUUGAUGCAUAUGAUAUUGUGAGUGAUGGCAGUUCCGGAAGCGAUAUGAAAACAGCAGGUUUUCUCGAGGUACGUGCUGAAAGAGCGAUGGCUUGUGGUCCUGAACAUACUGCUCUUCUUAUUCGGCACAUUGAGGCUCUCACUGCAGAUCGGAUGGUCACCACUCUAAAGGAGAUUUUAUUAAAGGCUCGAGUUUUGAUAGCAACUACAACUGAAAUCGACAAGGUUCCGGACGGAGUGAGAGGUUUGUUUACACAUGAGCUUGAGAUGAGUGCUCCAGAUGAAUGGGAGCGAGAAGGCAUUCUCAGGGGAGUCAUCGAUGACCAACCUGUUGCCCUUGCUCCGAAUGUCGAUCUCAGCGCAGUGGCUGUCAAGACUGCUGCUCUUGUAGCAGGUGACCUUGUUGAUGUCGUUGAUCGCGCUCUGGUGGCAAGGAAUUCCCGACUAGAAUCCUUUGCUGCCACCUUCUCAGAAUCCGAGACUUUCACCUCCGUUCGUGAUGUUCUGGUUGCUGGUGGUCCAGCAGGGAGGUGUCUCACAAAAGCAGACUUCGAUGUUGCUGUUGAAGCAGCACGAAAGAAUUUCGCAGAUGCAAUCGGCGCACCUAAGAUUCCAAAUGUCAGCUGGGACGAUGUUGGUGGUCUGACAAAUGUCAAAGAUGCUGUCAUGGAGACUAUCCAGCUACCUCUCGAACGACCAGAAUUGUUUGCAAAGGGCAUGAAGAAGCGCUCAGGUAUCUUGUUUUACGGCCCACCCGGAACCGGCAAGACAUUACUUGCCAAAGCCAUCGCAACAGAAUUCAGUCUCAACUUCUUCAGCGUCAAGGGACCUGAGUUACUGAAUAUGUAUAUCGGUGAAUCUGAAGCUAAUGUACGACGUGUCUUCCAGCGAGCAAGAGAUGCGCGGCCUUGCGUGGUCUUCUUCGACGAGCUGGACUCCGUAGCACCGAAACGAGGAAAUCAAGGAGACAGCGGAGGAGUGAUGGAUCGAAUCGUCUCCCAGCUUCUUGCGGAAUUAGACGGCAUGUCAGACGGCGAAGACGGUGGUGGCGGCGUGUUCGUCAUUGGGGCUACGAAUCGUCCGGAUCUACUCGAUGCUGCAUUACUUAGACCAGGUCGCUUCGACAAGAUGCUUUACCUAGGUGUCAGCGAUACGCAUGAGAAGCAGCUGACCAUCAUGGAGGCCUUGACUCGCAAAUUCACGCUCUCCCCAACGCUCUCCCUCCCCCGCAUUGCCUCCCGCCUCCCGUUCACCUACACAGGUGCCGACUUCUACGCCCUCUGCUCAGACGCCAUGCUCAAAGCCGUUACACGCCAGGCCUCCCUCGUCGAUGCUAAAAUUGCCCAAAUAAACACCUCCAACGCCACCUUGGGUAAAACCAAGAUCAGCACAGCAUACUUCUUUGAUCAUUUUGCGAGCAAAGAGGAUGUUGCUGUUUUGGUUGAGGAGGAAGACUUCGUGGCUGCGGCGAGGGAACUUGUGCCCAGUGUGAGUGCAAAGGAAUUGGAGCAUUAUGGACGGGUUAGGGAGCAGUUUGAGAAGGUUGAGGAUAAGCCUUCUAAUGCUCAAGAUGGGAAGAACAAGGGAAAGUUGUUGGAGAAAAAGGAGGAUGGCAUUCCGGAGUGGCAGCAAGGAGAUAGGCCGAAAAGUAAUGGGGAAGGCAAGAGUAAGGAGAAAGUCGUGGAUAAGAAAGGAAAGGGGAAGGAGAAGGCGGUUGGCAGGUGGGAUGAGGGGAGCGAGUGGGAUGAGGAUAGGGAAUUUUAUGACGAGGGGGUUAAUGGGUUUGCUGCAAAGCGGAAAGAUAAGGGGAAGGGGAAGGUGACGGAUAUGGGGUUUCGCGAGGGGGUGGAGGAUGAUGAGGGGUUGUAUUAG